AUGGGUAAAUGCUACAAGACAUGUCCGGCUGGUAUGCGGCCUAGCCUCAUCCCAGGCAGAUGCUCUACCGAUUGCUCCCAUAACACCAACGGUUUGGUAAAGACGUGCGGUCUCGGUUGUUCGCGAUCGGCGUUCGAGUGCGGCACUGCAAUAGGCGCCAUGGUGGCUUUCGUGGGGGCUUCAGUACUUGGAGCCUCUGCUGAGCUCGCACCACCCCUGGCCUCUAGCAUCUUGCUGGGCUUGUCGAAAAUGAUCGCCUUAGUAGCUGAGGUUAUUCAAGGCCUCUCUAGUGAGAUAAAGAACCUACUACGAGGUCGAGGGCUGAACGUGGGCCGCUUGGUCAUGAUGGGCGCUAUGAUGUUCACAUACUUCACUGAGAUGGAUGCCAAUCCUGACACGUUGUUGAAGGGCGCACUGCCGUACUCGGAGUCGAUCCAGGGUAUAAUUAACCUGGCUAAUCAACCGAGGUCAGAGCGUGUCAAGGCCGGUAUUGAAAACCUGAUGGGAGUUAUUCAAGAGAAAUUUAGUGCUGUGAGCGGCAGCAUCGUGAACAUCUUUGCGGCUUUCUCCCAACCUCAAUGUACAUAA